AAUUGUGAACCGGAAGUUAAAAGCCAAGCGAGAACAGCGUAUAAAACGUCGUUCAUGUAACCAUGAUCAAUGGACGACGUUUAGUCCUGUUUUCUUUUGCUUUCUUAAAUAUAUACUAAUUUCUGUAGUUUGAUACCGUCACAGUUAAUGUUUUGUAAAUGACCAAAGUCGUUAUAGUGCACUUUGAAGCUUCUUAAGCUUCUAGUUUAGCACGUUAUCUACCAACAAAGACAUCGCUAAGCCGAGAUCGCGUUUGGGUGGAAAGUGUUGUGAUUUUAUCGCGCGAAAAUGUGUAAAGUGGAAACGCUGAGAGCUCUGCUAAAUGAGCGACUAAGUGCGGCUGUGGAAGAAAUAGUUGUCGUGUUUGAAAGAACGAUAGCAGAGUACGAGGAGGAACUUUGUCGAACAAAAGAGGAGAACGAGCGACAACGUCAACUACUGGACGCUGUUUUGAAGUCUCAAGUUGGGUUACACAAAGAAAGUUCCGGUGAAGAAUGUCUUCCCUCUGAGCAGCAGGCGUUGCUCUCCAGGUUGGAACCGCAGGAGCCCAAGGCCCCACACGUUAAAGAGGAAGAGGAGGAGGGGAAGGUCGAUAUCACCAAGUUGCCAUUGACUGGUGUUUCUCUGAAGGCCGACGACGAGGGUGAAGAAGAAGGUGAUGGAGGCCACUGUGGAGGAUCACAAGCUGACAACCUCUUAGCGCCACUGUCGCAUAGUGAAGACAUAAUGUCACACUCUCCUGAAACUGAUGAUGAGGAAUACUCGAAGAGUGAUAUGACAUGUCAUGAUGACAAAAAACACUGGAAGUGUUCUCAGUGUGGGAAAACGUUUUACUACAGGUGUGCUCUAAUCAAACACAAUAUAAUUCACACAGGAGAGAAACCUUUCAUGUGUUCAGUUUGUGGCAAAGGUUUCGCUCACAAGGGAAGUUUGACGACCCACACAAGGACACACACUGGAGAAAAACCGUAUUCCUGCUCAAUCUGCAACAAUAGGUUUACUUGUAGCUCAGCGUUGGUUAAACACAUGAGGAGACACACUGGGGAGAAACCUUUUAGAUGCUCAGUGUGCGGUAAAAGAUACACACGAAACGAAAAUCUGAAAGUACAUGCAAGAACACACACUGGCGAGAAACCUUUUUUGUGCUUAGUCUGCAACAAAAGCUUCAAUUCGCCUUCAUCAUUUGUCCAACACAGAAGAACUCACACUGGCGAGAAACCUUUUUCGUGCUUGGUCUGUAACAAAAGCUUCAAUUCGCAUUCAUCAUUUGCCCGACACAGAAGCACACACAGUGGUGAGAUACAGUAAUGUUCACUUGCGGUGUCUGCAAUAAGACGUUCCCUCCUAAGUAUCAGCUUGACACACGCACACACACACACGUGUGUAGCGGUAAAAUGAAGCUGCAGGACUUUCAAGACUUUGAGAAACUUUGACUAUCAUUCAUUCAUCGUUGUUGUAAUGCAAUACAUGAGGACAUGACUCUGAUGAGCGGGUCGGACGUGUUCUCAAAAAUGUGAAAAAAACACUUAAGAUCAAGGACGCUGAGACUAGUUAUGAAUCAUACGACAAUUUGCACUGUAAAAUUACUGCUAUUAUUUAGAGUCUAAGUCUUAGACCAGUUUCAAAAUCACAGGGCACAUCGUAGUUAUGGUUUCCCUCAGAGGUUUGUUGUUACUAAAAUCUAUGUAAUGGUUUAAUCAGCUCAUCAUUUUAUCACAUAUAGACAUACAGUUUUCCCUGCAAUUGAUCAUUUAUUCUUUUAUAACAAAUUUAAAUUAGAAUCAUAAGUCGUGAAAAAUUGUGGCAUACAAAUAUUUAAGUACACUUCAUGUUCAGUUUGUUAUGGAAGGAUUCUCUAAAAACAAUGCUCAUAGUAUCUGUUAAAAGUGAAGAAAAAGUAAAAUUUUGUACAGAUUUUCUUCCAGAUUUGAAAAGAGCAAACCUGUUUAGCCAGAAACAUGUACACGAUUUGCUUAUUCUCCACGUAAAAUGACCAUAUCUGCCCCCCGGGCCUUGAAUUGGACACCGAUGUCUUAGUCAUCUGCACUCUUCUAUCAAGUGAAUCCCAAUAAAUCUUACAAAAGUUUUUUUUGGGGGGUUUUUUCAGUUCAAAGUGGAUCUUGUACGGCGCAGUCUAUUACUCAGAUUUGUUAAACAAUAAAAUACAUUCCAGAAGACAAAUUACCAACCUAGUUUCCAUUGUAAAAAGCAUUUUGAUUUUUAUGUAACAUUCUAAUUUCUUGAGAUGGUAAAUUUGGGGGUUUCGUUAGCUGUUAGCUACAUUCCAAAAUAUAAAAAUCAUGAACUAUUUCACUGUGUGGUGAAUCUGUCAAUUUGAGUUUUACUCUAUGAAUUGAACUACUGAAAUAAAUGCUAUAAUUUAUUGAAAACCACCUCUAUUUUUAAAGGGAUACAUUCUUGCAAAUGUUAUGAUCAAUGAAUGUAGAUGAAACUUCCCGUUGUAGCACAAUUAAUUAAAAAAUAUAUUCUUCCCUUGCUUCUUCUCAGUGACGAAAUAACUUUGCAGUUGAUCAAAUGCAUACUUUCAUCAAAUGUAUACUUAAGAAUUAUUGGGAAAAGAAGGAAUUACUAAAGGAACUACUAAUCAUUUGCCACUUAGUACAGUGUGCACUUCAAAAAGAGAGCCCAGUAACAUUUCCUGAAAGUCAAGACACUAUACCAGAACAUCUCGAGUGCAAUGAGACCUGAGUGAGGCGGUGAUGUAGUGGACUAUACGAGCGGGGUCUCGUCUCCCGGAAGUCCAUUCAUCCGUCUUCUGCCUUUCUAUCGAAACGGAAACAAUAGCAAGAUGUCCUCAGUUCGUUAAAUCGAUCUUAACUGGACUGUUGUGAUUGUCUUAGAAGACGUUUCCCCUCUCAUCCGGGCAGGCUUCAUCACUCCAUGCACAAGGCUGGUUAGGACAGGACUAGCCUGGGUGUUGGUGUGAAAACCCAAACCACACGUGGGGUCACUCUUUUGGGAUUCGACAGCCAUUGAGAUCCCUUGUGUGUCAACACCAUAUAUUGAAUACAUCAAUCAGUAAUAUGG